AUGCAUCUCAUCCUCACCGGCGCCACCGGCCUCGUCGGGUCUUCCGUUCUGGAGGCCAUGAUCAAGGCCAAGGACGUGACCAAAAUCUCCGUCCUCAGCCGCCGGCCCAUUCCUCUGGCCGAGGACGCCAAGAGCCCCAAGGUCAACGUCAUCAUCCACCGCGACUUUGAGCAGUACGACGCCGGCCUCCUGCGCCAGCUCAGCGACGCCCAGGGCUGCGUUUGGGCGCUCGGCAUCAGCCAGACCAAGGUCGACAGGGAUGCGUACGUCAAAAUCACCCAAGACUACGCCCUGGCCGCGGCCGCGUCCUUUACGACCCUCGGCCGGCCGCAGCAGCCCUUUCGCUUCGUCUACGUCUCGGGCGAGGGCGCCACGCACACGCCCGGCCGCUUCUCCGCCAUCUUUGCCCGCGUAAAGGGCGAGACGGAGCAGCGGCUCGCGGACCUCGCCGGCGCGUCGCAGGGCGCGCUGCAGGCCGACUCGGUCCGUCCGGGCUUCGUGGACGCGGCACAGCACGAGGCCAUCAGGCCGUACGUGCCGGACCCGGGCCUGCUCGCCCGCGCGGCCUCGACCGUCCUGGGCCCCGUGGUGAGGGCGGCCAUGCCCGGCAGCCACUCGCCGACGCCGAUGCUGGGCAGCUUCCUGACGCAAAUGGCCCUGGGGACCAAGGACGACGCUGGUCUGCAGGCCAGCGGUGCCUUUCGCCUGGGACCCUCCUGGAUCGUGCCCAAUGUUGCGAUUCGCAAGUCGAUGGGCUUGAACGCCUGA